AUGACCACGUCCGAUUUUAGUGAAGCAAAGAAUGAGUUUUCCCAAACGGCCGAACGGUUACUCCUCCAGAUGGAGCAGUUUACAUUCACGAUUCACCAAUACGGCGAUUCGACGAACAAAAUGGAGUCUAAGAUAGAUGCAUGUACCAACUCCAUUAGCCACAUUGAGCAACGUCUGAACGCUAUAGUGCGUCAAAUGGGCAAUAUGGAGGACCGACUAGGUAGCAUGAACCAUCAGCUGGGUUGUAUGGACGAAAGAUUGGUGAGCCUGGACCGUAAGCUCAAUACUCUAGAUGGAUACUUGUUUGAAAUCGUAAAGCGUGAGAAGGACAUCAUGAAAGAUUUCUGUGAUUUACCCCGGAAAUAG